UUAGCAGUUUAUAUUUACUAAAAUAAUUUAAUUUCCAUGUUCUGUGUACUGUGGGAGACCAGAUAUAGUGAAUGCAGGGUCCGGGGAGACCAGAUAUAGGGAAUGCAGGGUCCGGGGAGACCAGAUAUAGUGAAUGCAGGGUCUGGGGAGACCAGAUAUAGUGAAUGCAGGGGUCCGGGGAGACCAGAUAUAGUGAAUGCAGGGUCCGGGGAGACCAGAUAUAGUGAAUGCAGGGUCCGGGGAGAGCGGAUAUAGUGAAUGCAGUGUCCGGGGAGAGCGGAUAUAGUGAAUGCAGGGUCCGGGGAGAGCGGAUAUAGUGAAUGCAGGGUCCGG